AUGGAUCGAAUGGUGGAGGAAUUCAUCCGAGAAUGUAAAAUAUGCGUCAACAGCGAUCGAGUUUUGGAAAGUAGCUUCGCCUUGAUACAACCUACAGAGUGGCCAAGCAGAGCAUGGGAGAAGCUCGCAGUCGAUAUCCGAGGGCCCGACCAUACACUGGGACAACAAUACCAAUUCGUGCUGGUAGUAGCGGAUUACUACUCCAAAUGGGCGGAGGUGAAACUGCUGAGAGAGGUGUCGACGAAUCACGUGAUAAAAAUGUUCCGAGAGCUGUUCAACCGUGAGGGAAUCCCGGAAUGCGUAGCAAGCGACAAUGGUCCCCAGUUCGUGGGCCAUUUGUUUGCCGAGUUCCUGUCCGAGUUGGGAAUCAGACACCAGCGCGUACCAAUCUAUAGUCCGAUUUCGAACGGCUUGGUGGAAAUAUUUCAUCGGGCGUUAGGAGGUUUUAUGGAAACGGCGAAACAAUUGGUAGGCGAUAUAGCUCAAAGAAUCGAAAGAAUGGUGGGGACCUACAAUGCCACACCAUCGAGCAACAACAUUAUAUAUACGUAA